UUAGCUGGGGGAUGAAAUGCCAGCAUGAGGACACUUCAGAUGAAGGAAUGAAAAGGGUUUAAGUGCAUUAAAUGUGAAUUAAAAUCACCAGGAUUGUUAUUAUAAUCCUGACCUUGAAUUUAGGGGUGGAUUAUUACAAGAGCUACAAGGAAGAAUGCCUAACAAAUCCAUUUUAUGUGGGGAGUUUCUGGUUGUCAGCUCAGUUGGCUUGGCAGAUUUUUAGGCAUAAUUGUUAUUCCAGUGGUUUUUGGAGAGAGCAGCUCGCAGUGUCUGACGGCCUACAAGAGAGGCAGCGGCACUUAGAAUAAUCUGGAAUAUUUUUCCUUCGCGUGAUUUGCCGCUGAAGGCUGGAGGACGAUGCAAUUACAGAUUGAAAAUACUUAGCGACGGCUGCUACACGGAAUUAAAGCCCCUGACCCUUUUUCGUCAGCGUCGUUACGUCGGAAGAGUAUCACGAGCCGGUGUUGCAGCGACUUUAUUAGCCAGAAAGAAAAAAGAAAAAAAAAAAAAGAAACAGCCCCACUGUUAUUCCGCUCGAUAUAGAUAAUAAUAACGCGAGAGUUUGCAAGUUGCCUCAAGACUGUAGUUGCAACUGUCAAAGGUGGAGUGGAUACGCGCAUGACCCAACACACAUUACUGUAAUACUGUACACGGCCGCCGAGAUAAUAUCCGUAUAAAAAAGCGAAAUAAUCCCGAGGUAAGGAGCCGAGGAGUGAACCAAAACCGACCGAGAUUUGGCGUCUCUGCCGAUUUUCCUUCGCUUCGCUUUCUUUUACUCUCACCGACAGUCUCGCAGCCGUCGAAAUUACUGCACUAAACAUAUUUUUGUGCCUCCCUUUAGCUUCCAGCCAGCGCAAGGAUUUUUUUUUUACUCCUCCUUCGUAAUAAAGUCGCCAUUUUGCUUCACUGCCUAUAUAAACCAUCCCGUAUUCUAAUAUUUUUCCUCAAGGAGUCGGGGACAUACCUAUGUUUUUGGGAGCUGUGUGUUUUUUCCUGCUAUUUCUGGAAAGUGUUUUUAAGGAGAAGGUUGGAGAAGAAGUGCCUCGUGGUGUACAUAUUAAUGCAGGAAAGGAGGAGUAAGGAGCUGGGGGUGGUGGAAAGGAGGCAAUUGGAAACUGGGAAUAAGGUGAAAGUGUCCUGGAUUUCUUUUCAUGUACAGGCGGAAUUGUGAUUUCUGCUCGCCUGGUCGUCGUCGUCGACUGUGGAGUCGGAGGAGGACGAGACAAGACGGCCGCCCGCUCCCCUCCGGGCCCCCCAGCCUCGGUCUGACCGGUCCUUGACGCACAGCAGGUGUGAUUGCCAUGUAAGAGAACAUUGGUGGAAAAACGCCCACUUAGGUGCCUGUCUCCUGACCCCCUUCCUCCUCCCCUCACGUGGGUGACCCGGGGCCACCACCCGGCCCCUGGAGCUGGGUGACUGCCCGACAGUUCAGGCAUGGAGAGCCCCAGCGGCCCCAGGCUUGGGAAGCUGUCCUCGUCGGUGCUGCCAAGGGGCCGAACCCCCAAGCAUGGACAUCCCCAGGAGCUUGUUCGAACCACGGCAGGCCCCGAAAACAACAAACACAGUCCGGUGUGUGAUGAGCCAGCAGAGGGGAAGAGGAAAGGUCGUCCUAAAGCAGAAGUGCAGGAACUGAGAAGCAUCCCUGCCCAUAUGAUAGUACAAUGGAAGGAAGAGUUUAAACGCCGCUCCAGGGUUAAAUGUCCGUGUUCAGGCUGCUGGUUAGAGUUUCCCAGCAUCUAUGGCGUCAAGUACCACUAUCAACGCUGCCAGGGGGCCACCGUAGCUGAGAAGCUGAGUCACGGCUGUCCCUACUGUGAGGCAGUGUUUGCCACAAAGGUGCGCCUGCAGAAGCACAAGCUAUGGAACCACCCAGACAGAGUUAGCAUGGAAGCAAAGCAAGAGCAGGCUAAGCUUCUAAAGACUCCUAUCAAGUCCAACACCAAGAAAAGGCCCAUGGAGAACAGUCCCCCCUCUCCGGUGUUCUUCAAAGUGAAAAAGACACACGAGGUGUCCACACCCUCUCAGAACGGGGAGCUGGCCCACCAGAAGAGCGAGAGGAAACAGCACAGCCACAGCCAGCCUUCACAGCAGAUUCACCAGUUCCAGCCAGUCCAGCCUCAGUCUCAGCAGUCCCAGUCCCAAAGCACGUCAUCCGAUGCAGGGGAAAGUGAGAGCGAGGGGGGCAGCCUUCCCCCCUCUUUCCCAGAUGAAGACCCGGAGCGAAUGAGGCACAGACGGAAGCAGAAAACGCCUAAGAAAUUCACUGGAGAACAGCCCUCUAUAUCUGGAACAUUUGGAUUGAAAGGUAUGACUAAGGUAGAGGAGAAGCUGAAGGCGGGCCGUGUAAAGAGACCGGAAGGGAGUGGGUUCAGUGAAGAGCCUCAGAGAAGACCUUCUUCGAGUCAGUCUUCCAAGAAAGAGUCGGCAACAACAAGCUCUGGCGCUGACACUCAGUGGCAGCGAGCUAUCUCAGAGCGAGGUGAAGUGGUGUGUCCCACCUGCUCCAUCGUCACCAGGAAAACAAUCCACGGGCUGAAGAAACACAUGGAGAUUUGCCAGAAGCUCCAGGACGCCCUGAAGUGCCAGCAGUGCCACAAACAGUUCCGGUCCAAGGCCGGCCUCAACUACCACACCAUGGCUGAACACAGCACCAAGCCCUCAGGGAGCGAAGGCCAGACGGGCAACGAGCACGAGGAGAGAGAAAGGCUGCGCCGAGUGCUCAAACAGAUGGGACGAAUCAAGUGUCCUAGUGAGCACUGUGGAAAACACUACCGCUCCAAGGCUGGCAGAGACUACCAUGUACGCACUGAACACUCCCCGGCCAUCGCCACCACCACCAUGACAGCCACCACCACCACCACCAACAACAAGGACAAUGUCACUGACACCAACAACAACACCGGAAAGGAGAGGAUUGUCUCUGAGGAGUUUCCAUCAGGGGGCAGGAAGGAGCUAAGCCAACCUGAGAAGAGAGACUGGCAGGAGAAACCACCAUUCAGCCAUCCUAAGGAGAAGGACAGAGAAGCUCGAGAAAAGGACUGGGAAAAGGAGAGGGAGAGAAACAGAGAAAAACCAGUCCAUGCUGAGAGCCAGAGCGAGGACUUUGAAAGGACCCCCAGUGGCAGAGUGAGGCGGCGAUCAGCUCAGGUGGCCGUUUUCCACCUGCAGGAGAUAGCAGAGGAUGAGCUGGCCAAGGACUGGGGCACCAAGCGGCGCAUCAAGGACGACCUGGUGCCCGACAGCAAGAGGUUAAACUACACCCGGCCCGGCCUCCCCAACUUCAGCCCAGAGCUACUAGAGGCCUGGAAGAACCAAGUCAAGGAGAAAGGCUUCAUCUGCUGCACAAAUGAAAACUGUGAAGCUGUCUAUUCCAGUGUAUCAGGACUAAAGGCACAUCUCGCCAACUGCAGCCAGGGCGGAGGUGAACUGGGGAAGUAUACCUGUCUGAUCUGUCAGAAGGAGUUUAGCUCAGAGAGCGGUGUCAAGUACCACAUUAGCAAAACACACUCACAGAACUGGUUCCGGGCAGCAGCUAGUCAAGUGGUCGCCAGUAGCAAGAGUAAAGUCCUGGAGAACAAUGGGAUCAAGGCUGAGGUGAGGAACGGUGCCACCACUGGUAAGAAGAGGGGCCGCAAACCGAAAGAGCGCCCCCCUGUGGAUGAGCCUUCUCACAAACAAACUGAAGCACUUACCACUACUCAAAACUCAGCCCUCGCCGUGUUCCCUCCUUCAGUCCCAGCACAUUCCCCAACCCUGAUCCGCGACCCAACAGACAGUAAUAAUUCAGGCCAAAACAGACAGCCCAUCCCCUCCGCCACCAGACGAAGCAAACCCAAGAGGCUGUUACUGUCAGAGUAGCUCUGCUUUUGUCGACCCAGGAGCCAGAGUGGACACUUGCUGUACGUGUCAUGCCGGGAAGCUGAAACACCUUUCUAACUCCACAAGGACUUGGCACUUAGGAGAAAGCCAAAUCAACAAUUGAGACGUGAAACAUUUAGUACAGUCUUCACAUCCUGGAUUUGAAACCCCCAGAGUUAAUGUGUGUACUGUUCUAAACGAUACUCCAAACAGUAGUGCUUUAUUUCUCCAUUCCACUUUUGUCUCCUUUUUAAGGCACACAUUUCAGUUUCUGUACUCGCAGCAGGGGCGUCGGUAAAAAGAUGAAAUCUUGACCUUUACAUGGAUAGCAUUUUUAAAACAGAGGUAGUAUUCCAAAUCAAUGGAGAGUAAUUUUCUCUGCCAGAUUCGUGGUGUUGUGUUUGAGAGAUUUUGAAAAGGAUAUUCUAUUAGCAUGGUGAAGUCAUUUAAUGAUAGCUAGUGUUUUCACAUUUUUUCACAGAUAUACUGUACUGUGUACAUAAACAAUAUCUAUAUCUAUAUAUCUAUAUACUCAAAGCAAUGAUGCCAUCUGUCAUUUUCAAGCCUGACACGUCCAAUUGGAUCAUGAGCAGUCAGAAUUUUUGCUGUGUGUGCUGUAGUGCAAUGUUGUUUUGAAUUAGUUUUUGUUUUCCUGGUUUUGCUUUCAUUGUUUUUUACUUUUCAUGUUUCAUGUAAGCUAAUGUCAUAUAAGCUAAAAUGUUGGUCAGUUGUUAAUCAUGUUCCACUCUUUUUCCUACAGCUGCCACUUCAGUGACAUUUAUUUACACAUGACAGUGAAAGGUGUCUGCUUUGUCAACCAGAAUUAGGUGUCAAAAGAUUAUUUCCGCAUUUCUUUUACACUGCAGUUGGAGAGCAGAAUACCCCAAAAAGUGAUUGUUAGAAAUUUUCAUCUGUAUUGUAUAGGUUAGUUACAACAACAUGUAAUAUGACAUUGUUUAAUUGAUUUUAAACAACGGAAAGUUGAAGCAUUCUAAAAUAGGACUGGCAAAGCUAAAUGUUUGACAGAAGGAAGGACUUUGUGUGAAGCUUGUUGCACCAUUGCAGCACAAUCAAAUGAUGUGACACCAUUUUAAAGGCGGCCAUGUUUUGGCUACUGCUUUAGCUUGAAUCAAAGCUGAGGAGAGAAGUAAAAUACUAUCUUUUAUAGAGAGGUUGGGGAUAAUAAUCUUUUAUUAAACAAAGAAAAAAUUUCAAAUGAAGAUCCACAUAUAAUAAUGUAUAUGAAUUAAUUCCUGGACACUCAAAGUUAUUGCCUUGCACUUUAACCCUUAACCCUUCUUGCUCCCCUCUUGUAUUUUUGCACUCCAGGAAUAUUCAACCUUACCUAGUGGCUGGCUGGUACAGGAGUGGGGAUGUUUUACUCUGAUGAAAAACUAGAGGAAAUCUAAAUUUGUCUUUACAUGGGUAAUGAGCAACAUGAUUAACUCUCUCUAUAUAGUGUCUGAAAUCCAACACGGCCGUAUAAUUAUGACCAGAAAGCCAUAACCGGUCCUGUUGAAGUUUAAGGCUGCUCUGCCACUUGAUAUUAGAUUAGCUUCAGAUUUUAAAAGCAAAUAUGAAAUAUUAAAUUACUUUUCAAAUCUAAAAGACCAGAGAAUAUUUUCACUUUAACGUGUUUAAAGUAGAUACUUGAAUCCACAGUUGUUUUAACGAUUUGAGCAAAUGAAAACUCCACGAAUAUUUGAUUAUAUUUGCAGUUUAUGUCCAUGAAAAUAAUGACUCGCUUGCUUAAAAAAAGAGACAGAUCAUAAAUCUAUUUUAUAUUCUAUUGUGUGUGUUACCUAGAUAGCAAUCUGAUAGCUUUGAAUAAAAUUGUGAUGUGAGGAUAUUCUGGUGAGAUAAUAAGGGUGCUUUACUUGCCACUCUACCUUAAGGACCUGAUACAACUCACUUUAGUCCACUGAUCCAUCCUGCCAUGAUCUCCUCACUGGCAAGUCCUCUGAAUUUUGCACCAAAAUGUCAAUGUCAUCAUAAAAAUCGAGCACUGAUGUCAGCCGAACAUUUUCAAGAAGCAUUGAAUUUGAAUUUUGUACGUGUCCCAGGUGGUGUCAUUCCUACGCUGUGACUUUUUAUAAAGUAACGCAAAGAUUCAGUCUGAGUUCCUCCAUUGCUAAUCAACUGAUGGAGUGGGUUCAGAUGGGGAUGAUUAUGCAUGUGUCUCUGUCAGUGGGAUGGACCUUUACAGUAUCUUCUAUCUAGGUUCAGUUGAUGGAGAGGAUGAGUUAGACGAGCACUGAUUGGUCCUUGGACUUUUUCAAUAUGAGUUGUCCAGACCUUGUGUGUGCGUGCGAGUGUGCGUGCGAGUGUGUGUGUGUGUGUGUGUGUGUGUGUGUGUGUGUGUGUGUGUGUGUGUGUGUGUGUGUGUGUGUGUGUGUGUGUGUGUGUGUGUGUGUGUGUGUGUGUGUGUGUGUGUGUGUGUGCGUAUGUGUGCAUUAAACAGUUAGCACCUUUGUAAUGACUGGAUGUCAGAAAUGGUAACACUUUAGUCGAGUGUUACGCCGUGGCACAGAAUCAGUUCAUCAGCUGCUUGUUACUCGUUUCAUUAAUAACGUCACAUUGACUGUGUUUACCUGACAAGCUUUGGUGUUGCAAUAUGAUAGUUUAGCACUGCUUUUAACAGUGGGUAUUUUAUAUUUUAUCACACCCUUUACUAUCUGUCUUCCUAUGAUGUGGAAAACACAUAUCUAUCCCGCAGUGUGAGCUAACUGCAACAUGUUUAGAGAGUACAGCAAUACACCAUAUUUAGCUGAUUUUUGUUGGCUUGCUGAUAUUUUGAUAUUGAUGUGUCUUCUCAAAAUUGUAUGGCUUUCUUUUCACUCCCCUAUUUUUAUUUGUUUGCUUUGAAAAUGCUUUUUACAUAUUAUGAAAUCUAAACAUUAAACAGAAAAAGGUUGAAAAAAUUUGUAGACCACCGAGAACAUUGUAGGCCUGUGUGUUGGCAUACACUGUUAUUUUAUCCAUUUUGAUGAUGCACAUAAAUUGAGCUUUUUCAGUACAUGAUGGCAAACACAUUGGGAGAGUCCUCUAUUAUUAUCUAUUCAAUAUGGGACAACAAAGGCAUAUGUAUGUGUGUUUGUUUCUGUAUUUAGUGCACUUACUAUACCAUGACAUAGGCUUGAAAUAGGAGUGUUGUUGGAGCUUUCUAGUUACCUGGACUGUGUGUGGUGUGACUUUUGUACCUGGGGAAACAGCAGGCUCAAGUGUCUUCCCUUUGUCAGCAAUGUUAUUUCCAAAAACCAAGAUUGAUCCUUAGAAAUCCCCUUAGGCAGCCUCAGAAUUUUACCCUUUCAUUUGGACAACAGUGGUCCGUUUAGUAUGCUACCUACUUCAAAAGCAGGAAAUGGCAUCCGGCUCUGUUUGUCGGGGCCCUUGUGAUGAAACUUUUAAGAGUUUUAAGAGAUGAUGCUGUAGCUCAUAGCUGUUUAUGGCAUAUAGGUAACAGAUAAAAUGAGACUAAUUAUGUAUUAAAGAUUUCCAUAUCUAAAAUUAAGCUGUAUAGUACCUAACAUUGGAGGCAUCAAUGCCUCCUUUGAGUCUGAACUGUUACAAUUUUUCUCCCAAACUUGUUGUAUUACCUGUGCAUUAGUAUCCCUCAACUAAUUAAUAAAAGUUUGUUGACUAAA